CCGGCAGAGUACCCCGAGCUGCAGAGGAUCAAGAAGGAGCUCUCUCUGAUGUCCAAACUCUACUCUUUGUAUAACUCGGUCAUCAAAAGCGUCGGGGGCUACUGCGACAUCCUGUGGGCUGACCUGAACAUCGAGAAGAUCAACACCGAGCUGAUGGACUUCCAGAGCAGGAUCCGGAAGCUUCCCAAAGCGUUGAAGGAGUGGCAGGCCUUCAAAGAUCUGAAGAAAACCAUCGAUGACUUUACGGAGACCUGCCCUCUGCUGCACAUGAUGGCCAACAAGGCCAUGCUGCCCCGACACUGGUCCCGCCUCUCUGAGCUGACGGCUCAUAGCCUCCAGGUGGAGUCGGAGAGUUUCUCCCUCAGAAACAUCAUGGAGGCUCCGCUGCUCAAACACAAAGAGGACAUCGAGGAUGUGUGCAUCAGCGCGGUGAAGGAGCGUGACAUCGAGGCCAAGCUGCAGGAGGUGGUGGGGGAGUGGAGCAGCCACACACUCAGCUUCUCCUCCUUCAGGACCAGAGGAGAACUCCUACUGAAAGGAGCAGACACCGCGGAGAAGAUCUCCAUGAUGGAGGACAGUCUGAUGGUGCUCACCUCACUGCUCAGCAACAGGUACAACACUCCCUUUAAGGCCUCCAUCCAGCUCUGGGUGCAGAAGCUCUCCAACACCUCUGAGAUCGUGGAGCGCUGGCUGUCCGUGCAGAACCUCUGGAUCUACCUGGAGGCCGUGUUCGUGGGGGGGGACAUCGCCAAGCAGCUGCCGCAGGAGGCCAAGCGGUUCCAGAACAUGGACCGGGCGUGGCAGAGUGUCAUGCAGCGAGCCCACGAGCAGCCCAACGUGGUGCAGUGCUGCGGGGGAGACGACACCCUCAGCCAGGUGCUCCCUCACCUCCUGGAGCAGCUGGAGUUCUGUCAGAAGUCUCUCUCUGGUUAUCUGGAGAAGAAGCGUUUGGUGUUUCCUCGUUUUUUCUUCGUGUCCGACCCCGCCCUGCUGGAGAUCCUGGGACAGGCCUCUGACUCGCACACUAUCCAGGCACAUCUGCUCAGUCUGUUUGACAACGUUAACAGAGUCGUCUUCAACGAGAACAUCUACGACCAGAUGAUCACAUUUCAGUCUCAAGAAGGAGAAACUGUGGAGCUGAGGCAGCCUGUCCUGGCACAGGCAGAGCUGCAUAUUUGUAUGUGUUACAUAACUUUGGCCCAGGCUCUGGGGAUGAGCAUGGGGGGUGCUCCGGCCGGCCCUGCAGGAACAGGUAAGACAGAGACCACCAAAGACAUGGGUCGCUGUCUGGGUAAAUACGUGGUGGUUUUCAACUGUUCAGACCAGAUGGACUACAGAGGGCUGGGACGCAUCUACAAAGGCCUGGCCCAGUCCGGAGCCUGGGGCUGCUUCGAUGAGUUCAACCGCAUCGAGCUGCCCGUCCUGUCCGUGGCCGCCCAGCAGAUCUACAUCGUCCUGCAGUGCAAGAAGAACAAGAAGAAGCAGUUCAUCUUCAGCGACGGAGACCUGGUGGACAUGGACCCCGAGUUUGGCAUCUUCCUCACCAUGAACCCCGGGUACGCCGGUCGACAGGAGCUUCCUGAGAACUUGAAGAUCCAGUUUCGCACCGUCGCCAUGAUGGUCCCGGACCGUGCCAUCAUCAUGAGGGUCAAACUGGCCAGCGCAGGUUUCCGUGACAACCAGGUGCUCAGCAGGAAGUUCUUCACCCUGUACAAACUGUGUGAGGAGCAGCUCUCCAAACAGGUCCAUUAUGACUUUGGUCUGAGGAACAUUUUGUCGGUGUUGAGGACGCUGGGCGCUGUGAAGAGAUCCAACCCGUCAGAGCCAGAGAAGACGGUGGUGAUGAGAGUCCUGAGAGACAUGAACCUCUCCAAACUGGUGGACGGGGAUGAGCCUCUGUUUAUGAGUCUGAUCAAUGACCUGUUUCCCAGUAUUGUUCUAGAUAAAGCUGGGUAUCCGGACUUGGAGUCGUCCAUAUUGAAUCAGGCUCAGGAGACCGGUCUGAUCCCCCACCCCCCAUGGAUCCUCAAACUGGUCCAGCUCUACGAGACGCAGAGAGUCCGACAUGGUACAGAUCAUAACAGGAAGAACCAACAACUCCCUGAUCAAAUAACUUCUAUUUAA